GGUAGCAGCAGCGAGUUGGCGCGGUGCGAGCGCGACAGGCGGGAUGGUGCUGAAUCGGGUGCGGGCGGUUUUCUUCGAUCUGGACAACACGCUCAUCGACACGGCCGGGGCGAGUAGAAAAGGAAUGUUGGAGGUAAUAAAGCUCUUACAAUCAAAAUACCAUUACAAAGAAGAGGCUGAAACCAUUUGUGACAAAGUUCAAGUUAAACUCAGCAAGGAAUGUUUUCAUCCUUCUAGUACAUGUAUUACUGACCUAAGGACUUUACACUGGGAAGAAGCAAUCCAGGAAACGAAGGGUGGUGCAGCCAAUAGGAAAUUGGCUGAAGAAUGUUAUUUCCUGUGGAAAUCUACACGUUUACAGCAUAUGAUACUAGCAGAAGAUGUCAAAGCCAUGCUCACUGAACUUCGAAAGGAGGUCCGCCUACUUUUAUUAACAAAUGGAGACCGACAGACCCAGAGGGAGAAGAUCGAGGCUUGUGCCUGCCAGUCCUAUUUUGACGCUAUCAUUGUAGGCGGAGAGCAGAAAGAAGAGAAACCAGCACCUUCCAUAUUUUAUCACGGCUGUGAUCUCCUCGGAGUACAGCCUGGGGACUGUGUGAUGGUUGGUGACACACUAGAAACAGAUAUACAAGGAGGCCUCAAUGCAGGGCUGAAAGCAACAGUCUGGAUAAAUAAAAAUGGAAUAAUGCCACUGAAGUCAUCCCCCGUGCCACAUUAUAUAGUUUCUUCUGUGCUAGAGUUACCUGCUCUCUUACAGAGUAUAGAUUGUACAGUCAGUAUGUCAGCUUAAGGCACAGAAAAGGGCAUGAUUAUGUAUUUUUAGGGUCAAAUUACAGGUUUUGAACUAAGAAAAGUUAAGGCAUUCCAUAUACUAAGACCCAGUUCUGAGAAUAAUUUUACUUACAAUUUAAUAGCCAAUCAACGACUGACUGGUAUUUAUAUCUGGAAAUCCAGAGUACAUUAAUUAAUAGAAGUUACUUUUAGUAGUAUAAUCCAGAAAAUUUGAGGAAAUAUAUUAUUUGUUAAUCUGUGACUUGAGGUUUUUAAGAAAUUAUUAAUCUUUUAGCAUCUUGGAUCCAUGAAGAUACCAGGCAAGAUAGCUUAUACAUGGAUGCACAAAUACAGGUUUUAUGUUCUGUCUUAAAAAUAGAUAUUUUUUUAAAAUAUUCUAAAAACAGAUAUAUAAUAGAGAUUUAUCAGAACAAUUGGAUCUGAUUAAUAGGAAAUAAGUGCUAAGUCACAUGCCAAUCAAGGCAUUCCAUAGUGAAAUUAUUUUGCAUAUUUUCCUUUUUAAAAGAUAUAUACCAUAUUUUUGCCUACUUUGAAUAUAUAUGUUCUUUUAUGAAUCCAGUUUUUCUGCAUGACCUUUUUUUGGGGGCAGGGGGGCAUUUUCCUAUGGUAUAUACAUGACAAAUAGAUUUCUCCAGUAAAAAAGCCAUUAAAAUCAACAUGUGGUGCUCCUUUUCCAUGACAGUUUCACAUCUUUCCAGAGUGCACUUGUAGGUUCUUACUAGUCUUUACCUCUUACGGAAGUAUUUUUACAAUCUUUUCCCAGGUAUACAAUUGGGCUCAGGGGACUAGACUGCCUGGCUGGGGAUAAGUACAAGCCACAUGGCACCAAAAGUCAUUUUCCUUCUGUGGAUACCUCAGAGGUGCAGCCUAACCAUGUAGCUCUCCCAUAAAUUCUCUACUGACUGAAUAGUUUCACCCAUAUGAUGAAAGCUAACAGAAACUUAUGUUUUGCUAUGAAAUAAUUUCAGGGUGCCAUUUUACUAUAACUUAAGUGGCUCUUGGUGUUACGUUCCCUGUCUUUCAAAUUUUAGGAAACAUAUCCUGUUUCACAAUUUCUAUAUCCAAUUCAGUGUUCACUUUGAGUUUAUCAAUUAAUGACUAAGGCAUCUUGCAACUAGAAAACUUUUUCUAGGUCAUUAAGCUAGACAUUCUCAUGUCUUCACCAACUUGGAAUAAAAUGGUUAAGGAAAAAAAUAAUGAUUUGGGUUGGUUUUUGGCAGGUUUUUUUUUUUUAACUUUUGUAUAAGAAGCUACUAAUGUAAAAUAUUAGACUGUUAGAAUAUAUAUAGCUAUGACUCCUUUAAAUAUCCUAUGAUUAUGAUACAUAGAUUCUAGAGUAUGCCUAUCCUUAUUUCUUUAGCCAGUCAUUUCCUGCCUCUUGCCAAGAACAGGAUUCUCUGCUUUUGUGCAAAUGUCCUGUUGUGUUUACUUUUCACUCUUAAUUUUUACAACUGUGAUUGUGUCCUUGACUGUCCCAGGGUGUUGUUGCUAUGAAGUUAAACAUUUGUGAACAGGGUAUGUUUGUGUAUAGUUCCAGGUAUGGUACCCAUGUGACCUUGAUUAUAUUUUAGCUAUUUAAAAAUUAUUAAAUUGGAGGAUCUAGGCAGAAAAAUAAUUAUGUGGGUGGUUUCUCUGAUAUAUUGAUGUGUGAUGCUGAGGGUUUGUCCUUUUAGCUAUCCCACAGGAUGGAUGUAGGCAGUGUCACAUUCACUCUAACUGGAGAAGGUUCAUUGCUUCUAGAUCAUAAUGACAGAUCUUAGCAAGAUAGUUCCUAGGAUGUCAAGUGAGCAGUUCUUCAGCAAAAGUUAUGGGGUGGGGGGUGUGGAUUGUUUCCUUGUUCUUCCAGUUUGCAUUUGGUACAUGCAGUAAUGCAAUAUUGCAUUCCAUUUGCACCCUUCCUUGGAGAAAAACUUGGUGGUAGAGGAAGGCCUAGAGUAGACAAAAAUGGACACUGCACCUGGAAUACUAACACAAAGAUGAAUGUUUUCUGAUUCCAUAUACACAUGCAACCCACUGGUGCACAAACAUCUUAGAUCUGAUAACCAGAACCCAGUGGAUGUUCAGUAAGAAUUGUAGGAAAGGGUUUUUGUAGUUACAAAGAUACUUGGUUUAGCACUUUCAGACUUCUUUGUAACCUGCAAUAACAAAGUUUCCAUCACCACCCAUUAAGCACAUUUAUUAAUACUGAAUACUGGGGCACCCAAGUGGCUCAGUCAGUUCAGCGUCUACCUUCAGCUCAGGUCAUGAUCCUAAGGUCCUGAGAUGGAGUACCGCAUUGGG